AUGCUUACUAUAACUUGGCUAUUAGUUGUUCGGUUAUUGAAUAAAUUUUAUAUGCAAGAGGAUGAUCAAUUAUUUCAUUAUCCUCCAAAUAUUAAUUUGUAUCAAAUUUAUGAAAAAGAAAAAUUACAAAUUAAUUCAAGUUUACCACCAUUAUGGAAAAUAACGUUUCCUCUAUCUUCUAAUUAUACAGAACAAUGUCUAAUUAAACAUUAUAAAUGCAAUAUCAUUCGAUCACAUGUAAAUAAUUUCAAUCAACGAGAUGCUAUUCGUCAAACAUGGGGAAAUCAGCAAUGUUAUGAAAAUUUUGGUGUGUUUAUUCGUAUUCUAUUUAUUUUAGGCAAACAAGACGACAAUAAUGAUAAUGUAUUAAAUUAUUUUAUGCAAAAUAAAAAUAUUCAUUAUGACAAUAGUGGGGGUAACAUUGGAGUAUUACAAAUGCUACACUAUGAGCAUUUUAUGCAUCGUGAUAUUAUACAAUUUGACUUUAUUGAUAAUGAUUCUAAUUUAUUGAAUAAAUGGAUUGGUAGUAUUGAUUUUAUUGUAAAAUAUUGUAUGAUUACUGAAAAAUCUUUUACUCUAUUUCUAGAUGAUGAUACUUUUUUACAUCCAAUAAAUUUAAUACAAUUAUUACGUCGUAUUACACUUAGUCAAUAUAGAAUUUAUGCAUCCGGUCAUGUAAAACGUAUCUCUUAUCCAGUACGUAUCCCGUUCUUGCCUAAAUAUAUGUCAUUAUCAAAUUAUCCAUUCUGUAUGUAUCCACCAUAUAUAAUUAGUGGAACAAUUAUAUUAAGUAUGCCUGUUGUUCAAUUAUUACGUGUUGGAUUUAACUAUGUUACAAAUAUUCCAUAUGAUGAUAUCCUAUUAGGAAUGAUACUAUUAAAAUUUGGUAUUAGUCCUAUUCAUUUAAAAAAUAUUUAUACAGAACAUAGUUUAGAUAAGCAAACCCUUAAACAAUUACAAUUUAUCAGUAUUCAUGGUUACAAUGAUCCUUCAAUGAUUCACUCGUUGUGGUCAACUUUAAAUAUGAAUUAUGCUUGUAAAAUAAAAUUGAAGAACUAA